CUUUCCAAAUCAAGGGAGAAGGGAGGAGGAGACCAGAGCCAGGCGUUGCCAUCCUGCCUCGGAGGCGCAGCAGUCCCGUCCAAACCCAGCCUUGCGUUGCUCUGCUUUGGGAGGCUUGUGUUUCCCCCUUUGGGGUCAACACACAUCAAGACAGUUCCAGGAACAGUGUUUGAAACCCACUGUUUGAAACCAGAGACACAACUGAGGCUGCCAUCCUCACUAUGGCACCUGGGGUUCCUAUUAGUGAAGGCACUUGUCCCAUCUGCCUGGAGUAUUUCAAAGACCCAGUGAAUCUUGAAAGCUGUGGGCACCAUUUCUGCAAAACGUGCCUCACCCAGUACUGGAGGGAGUCCAAUACAGAGUCUACUUGCCCACAGUGUAGCGACACAGUUCCCCAAAGCAACUUCAAGACAAACUGGCAGUUGGCAAAUCUGAACCUUGUCAAACUGGAAGAAGGAGUAAAAACAGAAGGGAUCAUUGUAUGCAAAGAGGAAGAGAUUCCCGUUGCCUUGGGGUACGACAGGUCGAGAGACCUUCAGGAUCAUGAUGACUUGCCUAUGGAUGAGAAUUCCCAGGAUUUAAAGGUGGCUGAAAACAGUGGGACAGGACCCAAUAACCGCAGGGGCCGUGGCGUUUCAUGGCGGCACAAGGAAACCUUGGAUCUCCUGGACAUCUGGGGGGAGCAGAAAAUCCAAGACCAGCUCCGUGCCAGCCACCGGAAUAUUGAUUUCUUUGAGUACAUUGCCCAGGAGAUGGCUGUUCGAGGCCACCGCCGAACCGCCGUAGAGUGCCGCUCCAAGACCAAAGUCAUGCGACUGGAAUAUAAACGUGUGAUUAGUCACAAUUCCAGGCCUGGGAGCAAUAAGGUGACUUGUCCUUUUUACAAGCAGCUGCACCGCAUCCUUCGUGGAGAUGCCAGUGUAGCGUCCAAACGGGUUGCACGGAGACUAAGUCCCGAAGAGGCCUCACAGCAGGGGGCUCUAUUGGACCAGCCGGUUCUGGAGGAUCCCUUCUUACCUGAGGAUCUUGGCACCAUUAACCUUGGAGAAUAUUUCAAAGAGGGAAGUACAGAUAAAUUGCUGGAAAGCGCAGACAAUACAAGAGAUGGAAUGAUGUCUGGUAAUGGCACUGAGGAGGAAAUGAUAGAAGCAGGUGAUAGCAAUGUUAUACAGACUGAGGACGAAGGCAGCAAUGGAGUCAGUGGGAAAGAGAUGGAAUCUCAGAGACCACAAGUGAGCCCCCCGCCCCAGCAACCAGUAAACAACGUGGAACCUCCUCCUACUACCAGGCCAAAGGCAACACUACCUGUGGCAACCCGGCUUUCCUUGAUGAGGACCAGAAAGAAGCGAGAAAGGUCCGAGAGCAUGUUUCACCUGUUUCUGGAGCAAGCCAGAGAGGACUCCAUCAAAGAGCAAGAGGAGAUGGUCCGCGACAGAGUGAUGCUAGCCAGGUUUUUGAGGGCUUUUGAACAAGAUGCAGCAGAUAGCCGGAAGGAGAGGAAACAGUGCCUGGAGUCUCUGCGCACAAACUGUGAAGUGCUCCAGGGCAUCCUUAGUGGCUUGAACAAACUGACUGAUGCCAUUGCCAGUCAGCAAUCAGCCAGCGCCGGUGGCCAGGCGUCUUCCCGGCACCCACUGCCAUCUGCUACUCACAAGGAGAAUUUGCCACACCAUUCUGCCUCUUUUGUGCGAAGCAGUCUGCCGCCAGAAGCAUUGCCCUCCCACCCAACCAGUUCUACCAGCACCGCACCAAAAAGUGGCCCUCGCAGGCCUACAACUGUGACUCACGUUCCAAAUCGGGUGACAUGUAACCUCGGAUUGAGGCGGGAGCCAGGCUCCGCCUCUGCUUCUCGGAAAGCCAACACCCAGAGCUGA